CAUCACCACCACCAUCACCUUCCGCAAUCCGUCCCGACGCAGACCUGAAUUUUGUAGUCAAACAACGGGAAGCCCAAGAAGAAACUGGUUUUACUGGUGAUCGCGAUCGCACAGACAGCUGCAUCGCCCUACCCUAAGAGACACACAGACAGCGGCAGCAAGAGCAAGAUGAUGUUGAUGAUCACACAGUAAUUUGGUGCGUAAUUUCCACACUAUCCGUUAGAAUCGUUUGCGACGUGAGCGUGUGUGGACAGACGUGUUGUUGAACGUGAACGUGAGCACCAUGGAAACGAAACGCUUGGCCAACUUGGUGGCGAUUUUGCUCAGCUUCCUGGCAGUUGGGUUCAUCAGCACGCAGAAGGACAUCAACACAUUUGGCAUAUUCCGCGAGAAAUCGUACUACUUCGGGAACACAUUUAAGCUUAACUGGUAUAAGGCAUCGGAGUACUGUAGAACGCGCGGCAUGUUUCUGGUGACAAUCAACAACGAUGAACAGCUGAACGGUGUGAUCGAGUACAUUGAUAAGAGUGGAUACACGAAAACGCACGACAUCCUGCACAUGUGGACGUCCGGUAACGAUCUCGGGGAGGAAGGACAGUUCUUCUGCUCCUCGACCGGCGAACGGCUGACGUUCGAUCGGUGGACCAAAAACGAACCGAACAACGCGAUGCACGACAACUGCACGUACGAGCACUGCGUCGUGCUGGAGUACUUCCAGCCGUGGUCAAUCAACUACACCUUCGACGAUAGGCCGUGCGGGGCGAACAACUUCUUCAUGUGCGAAACGUUGUACGAUUAGAACCGGGGGUGGUUUCGGUUGUGUGAUUUAAAGUGGAUUAAUAAGAGAGUGUGUGGUUUAUUUAAACCGUCAAACAGUA